CUAUUAAAGCUCUUCAUUUGCCAAAUACAAUGCAGGUAAAAGAAUUUUUAACUAUUUCUGAAGAAGAUAUGAUUUAUAAAAUUCCUGAUAACAUUUUAGAAUUUGUAGAUAUGUUUAAAAAUAGGCUUGCAGUUCACCCAGAUGAAGCAGAUGAUAGUUGA